AUGCGACGUAAUAAAACAAGCGAUGAUGGCCUCGAUGCACUCAGCCCACGCGCAGCCGACAUUAUCCGCGAGGCAAAUGCCGCGGACGGCAUUCCCUUCCGGGCCAAGGCGGGCCACGUGCACCACACAUGGGCGCGAACCUUCAGCUCGCUGCCGGAGCUGUACCUGCAGCCCGAGUCUGAGGCUGAAAUCGAGAAGAUCGUCAAUUUGGCUCGGCGGUGUCGGCGACGAGUCACUGUUGUGGGAUGUGGCCACUCACCCUCGGACUUGACGUGCACGUCUGGUUGGCUGGUCAACUUGGACAACUACAACAAGGUUCUGGACAUUAACCGCCUGACCGGCGUCGUUCGCAUGCAGAGUGGCAUCAGGCUCUAUGCGCUGGCAGCAGAGCUGGAAAGGGUUGGCCUGGCGAUGCCGAGCUUAGGAAGCAUCAACGAGCAGAGUAUCGCGGGGGCUAUAUCGACGGGCACCCAUGGCAGCAGCUUGCAGCAUGGGCUGAUUUCAGAUGAUGUUGUUGAGCUGAAGGUGACCUUGGGGGACGGGACGACGCGAUCGUGCAGCGCAACCGAGGACCCGGAUUUGUUUCGGGCGGCUCUGCUCUCCUUGGGUGCCCUGGGAAUAAUCAGCGAGGUGAGCUUCCGCGCCGUGCCGAGGUUCAGUCUGAGCUGGUACCAGACCAUCGACACGGACAGAAAGAUGAUGGCGGAGUGGGACACGACGCUAUGGACUCAGGACCAUUUUGUUCGCGUUUGGUGGUUCCCGUACAUGCGUAAGGCCGUCAUCUGGCGGGCAUCGGAACCUGGACCCGUGAUGGGGCAAGAUUACGCCGAGCCAGACCCCCCGAGGCUGGAUCCGCCCGCGAGCUGGUACGGUGGCACCCUCGGAUAUCUUGUCUAUCACAACUUGCUUUCGCUCGCACAAGUGGUGCCCAGGAUACUUCCGUGGGUUGAAUGGUUUGUUUUUGGGAUGCAGUACGGCUUCAAGAACGGAACGACGAUCCACGGCAUACAACCCAGCAGAGAGGCGCUUCUCAUGGAUUGUUUGUACUCUCAGUUUGUAAAUGAAUGGGCCAUCCCCUUUUCCAAGGGACCAGAGGCGCUCAUGCGGUUGGGAGCGUGGCUCAACAGGCUCAAGCCGGGUGACGAAGGGUAUGUUGAGCACGGAAUCCCAUUCUCUGCCGAAGGCCUGUGGGUGCAUUCUCCUGUAGAAGUCAGAGUGGCAGACACCUCUCUGAAUCGGGAGAAGAGGUGCAGGCCCUGGCUGGAUCCGACGGUCGAAGACGGGCCGACAUUGUACCUGAACGCCACUCUAUACCGACCGUAUCAUCGAGACCCGCCGUCGUAUAAGAGAUAUUACGAAGCCUUCGAGUGGUUGAUGAAGGACAUGGGUGGGAAGCCACACUGGGCCAAGAACUUCAGGUGUCAAACCAUCGAGGAGCUAUAUGGCGACAACCUGCAGCAGUGGCGAGCAGUUCGUGACAGGGCUGACCCUGAAGGCAUGUUCGUCGGACCGUGGCAUCGUCGGUUUGUUCUCGAGGCUGGAGAUGAUAAGCACGACUUACUGCCGCUGGAGGAGGCAGAAGUUGAAAGACUGCAGGCUGAGGGAGACGGUAUUCGUGUAAUCGGGGACUCUGGGGGUAGAAAAUAG